AAAUAAAAAAAAACUAAAAAAAAAAAAAAAAACAAAACAAAACCAACAACCAAAAACCAAAAAAACCCAAAACAAGAAAAAAACAACCAAAAAAACCGCCAACAACAACAACAACAAAAAAAACCCAAACAAACAAAAAAAACCACACCAAAAAAAACCCCCAAAAAACCACAAAACCAAAAAAUCCCCACAAAAAACGGAAAAACGGUUGGAGAAGAUCUCUGCGAUGAUCGAGUUCGACCCAGCACCCUGAGCAAUAAAUUCGAGCACGUUCUCAUUGUAGCCCCCGGGCAGCUGCGUGCUCCUCGGCACAGAUGAGGAUGGAGAAGAGGUCUCGGAGCUCUUCCAGGGAGUCCCACAGGAGACGCAGGGAGUCCCCGGCUGCGCAGAGCAAACGGGAGAAGAGGGAGAGCAGCAGAGAAGCUGCCAAAGGGAAGGGAGAUGUAAAGCAGGAGAAAGCCAAGGAGACCAAGAGCACUGUGGGGAGUGAUGGCAGGGUGCACACCUCCACGGUGGUGGAUGUGGAUGAUGUGGUGUCUGAUGAAGAAAUGGAGGCGAUGGCAUUGCUGGAUAGUGAGCAGCAAGAGGAAGGUGGAAAGUCUCCUGGUCUGGGUGUCUGUGAGUGGCUUUUGACCAUCUUGUCUUUCCUGUUCAUCAUAAUGACCUUCCCCAUUUCUGUCUGGUUCUGCAUGAAGGUGGUGCGGGAGUAUGAGAGAGCCAUUGUUUUCCGGCUCGGGCAUCUCCUUCCUGGCAGAGCCAAAGGACCCGGCCUUUUCUUUUUCCUUCCUUGUUUGGACACCUAUCACAAGAUAGAUCUCCGCCUCAAAACCCUAGAGAUUCCCUUCCAUCAGGUGGUGACCAAAGACAUGGUUACUUUGGAGAUAGAUGCUGUCUGCUACUACCGGUUGGAAAACGCCUCUCUUCUCCUCACCACGCUGACCAGCAUCUCCAGUGCCAUCCAGCUGCUGGUGCAGACCACCACAAAGCGACUCCUGGCACACCAAGCCUUCUCUGAGCUCCUGCUGGAGAGGAAGAACAUCAGCCAGGAGAUAAAGGUGGCUUUGGAUGCAGUCACAGGCUGCUGGGGGAUCAAAGUGGAGAGAAUAGAAAUCAACAACGUGCAGCUGCCUGCUGAGCUCCGGCAGUCCCUGGCGGUGGAAGCAGAGGCCCAGAGACAGGCCAAAGUGCGGGUGAUUGCUGCAGAGGGGGAAAAGGCUGCUUCCGAAUCCCUGCGGAUGGCAGCUGAGAUCCUCUCCAGUGCUCCAGCUGCUGCUCAGCUCCGUUAUCUCCAUGCACUGCACUCCCUUACCACAGAGAAACCUGCUGCUUUCAUCUUGCCCUUGCCUCUGGAUGCCAUGAACCUGGGCUCUUCAGCUACCCACAGCCCUCCAGCUGUGAGCAGCCUCCUCACAGGCACCACAAAGCUCCCAGAAAAUCCAAAAGACAAGAAGGACUCACCCAUGCUCUGAGAGAAAUGGUUCCCCACCUUGCUCCUGCUCAGAAAGGAGCAAGAAGGCUGGCCCACCAUCAGGUUCUGACCUGGAGGCAGGAGGAAAGCAGCCCAGGUCUGCAAUAUAAAGUGGAUUGUACAUGGAAAAAGCCUCUACUUGUUUUGGAAAAGAAAAAAUGUGGAGUGCAAGAAGCAGGCUUGGCAAGUGUGUGAGCAGGGGGUUGAGGGAAGUGGGGUGUCAUCCCUUCCCCUCCACAGAGCCAGAUGCCCCUUGACACGUUACAGCCUGGCUCCCAGGGUGUGAUCCAUGUUGCCCUAUCACCUUGGAAGGAAGGACAAGACCUUCCCCUAUGUCCUUACAUGUCCCCCAACCACAAACCAAACAGCCAGGCAGGUGGGAGUGGGACCACAACAAUCUGUGGGGGAACAGC